AUGCCCGAGCUGUCUGACUUGGACGGCCUGCUGGCUCAGUUCAAGGAGCAGGCUCGAGAGACCAUUCGCGCAGAAUUCCGCGCAGAAACCGAAGUUUUACGGACCAAGAAUCGCCUGCUGCAAGACAAGAUAGACGAGAAGGAUCUUCUUUACCAAGAUGCCAUCUGCGAGAAAGAUGAGCUGGCCCAACAAGCGCAGUCCCAACAGCUGGAGAUCACAAAGUUACACGCUCGACUGAAACGCGAAAGCUCGCUGCGCAGUAGCCGGAUUGGUAGUACACAAGAAGGGAAACGUGGAAGCUUCGAGGGUGAAAUGGAUCAGAAGGCGCCUUCCAUCAAAGCGGAUAGAGACCUGGGCGAAAAACGUGAACUGGCCCAGCAGUCUCUGCGGGACCAGAACGAGGCAAUGGCCGGAUCAGUCACAUUUGGAGGGUUCGAGAUUUUAGAGAGACCUGGCACCAGGUUCUAUCGGGAGAUGUUCGACGGCAGUACCUUUAACGAUGAAGGAGCAGCAUUGAGAAAAUUGUCCAUGUUUUUCAAGCCCUCCAAAGUCAAGCCAGAAAUCUUGCGGCCUCAUCAAUGGCAGCUGCUCGGCAUCGAGACGAGAACGGAAGAGGACAAGGAGGAACCCGACCAAGACCCAAUAGACUCAUUGUCUCCCGAGCCUCAAGACUUGGAGAGCCCAAAGACUUCUUCCAAGCUUCCAAAGCAGCCUCGGGUGCAGCGCGGGUACGAGCAGCGGGUACAAGCUCGCAGUACCUGGCUGAACAAAGAUGCCUCAUGUGCAGUCAAGGACAAGGGUCUAGAAUCCGAUACGCGAUGUCCAGGGCUCGCAAGCGUUGUACCCAGGAAACGAGAUGCUGAGGAGUUUGAGAUUCAAGACAUAAGGACUUCAAUACAAUGUUCAAUCGGCGUCGUUCCGUCUGCCUUCGCUGCUGGCGCACAGGUGAGCGCUGCGACCAACGCGGUCAGUGUGGAGCUUGCAAGAGGGCCGGAGUGA